AUGCGAGCAAGAGCGGAGAGCACGCUUCAUGCUGGACUCGACCUGACUUCGGUAAUGGAAACUUCUGACCAUGUGCUUCAACACUGCUCAUGCAUCAAGCCUUUGAUGGCGGCUGGCCGACGGGGCGCCUGUGGUUUGGAGGCCGAGAUCUGCAGCAAGCUUCAUGAUAUUGACAUCAUGAUGUCCAAGGUGGGCGAAGGGUUUCAACAGUCUGCGGUCCUAUCGAUCAAGUUUGAUACAAUCCCAUACGGAAUAUCUCCAUCGAAUGUGGCCUCGUCCUUGUGGGGGGGGGGGGGGGCUGAUCGCGAGUCUUAUGAUGCAGAAUCUUCUCGCGAAGCUUGGCGUUCAGCAAAGGCUGGGCGAAUCAACCGAUGCGCCGGCGAACUAUUCAUCGACCUUCGUAUAGCUAGGAAGUCCAGUCUGCGAGCCUUCGAAAAGUCCUUGUCACGAUUGCGGAAAUCACUGCGGGAGCCGCAUGGAGCCUCGGUUGAAGGCUUUCUCUGGUCGAUGAAGGCCUACUUUGGCUAUAGCACCGAUGAGCUCGGCAUGCCGCUCAUGCGGAUCUGUCCGUCGGUUUUAGGCAUGGUCUUCAGACAGAAUGCUACUGGUCCAGGCGCGGCGUACGAUGAGCUUGAUCAGGCAGGCUGUCCGUAA